AUGGGCUUUCUUCUGGGAAAGUCGAGCCACUGAUGGAACCGAGAAGCCACUGCUGCCUAUAGAGGAAAGCACGCGGCGGCGGCGCGGGCGCUGUCCAGCGUGCUGAAGCCGGAGCGAGCGAGUCGCCCAGAGCCGCGCGGACCCAGCUGAGCCCAACCCACUGGACGCCAGAACUCGACCGUCGCUCCUAUUCCAGCCACUGCUCGGAGCCGAGGCGGACGCGUCCCGAUCUUCCCCUGUCCCCACCCCGCCCAGACCCUCCUCUCCACCUCCCGCAUCGUGACACCAGCUGUCUCCGGCAGUCCUUUGGUCAUGAAAUCGCUCAGGUUGCCGGCUUCCACCCUCUUCUGCUUUCUUCUACUGAUCAAGGGGUUGGGAGCAGCGCCCCCGGGGCACCCUGAGGCGCAGCCACCUCCCCUCAGCUCUGAACAUAAAGAGCCGGUAGCUGGGGACGCAGUGCCCGGGCCGAAGGAUGUUAGCGCCCCAGAGGUCCGAGCCGCUCGAAAUUCCGAGCCUCAGGAGGAGGGAGAGCUUUUCCAGGGCGUGGAUCCCCGGGCGCUGGCCGCGGUGCUGCUGCAGGCUCUUGACCGCCCGGGCUCGCCUCCGGCGCCCGGCGGCUCCCAACAGGGGCCAAAGGAAGAAGCAGCAGAAGCUCUGCUGACCGAGACCGUGCGCAGCCAGACCCACAGCCUCCCGGCGCCAGAGACCCAGGCACCUGCGGCCCCGCCUCGCCCUCAGACUCAGGAGAAUGGUCCCGAGGCUGGCGACCCCUCCGAAGAGCUCGAGGCGCUAGCUUCCCUGCUCCAGGAACUGCGAGAUUUCAGUCCGAGCAACGCCAAGCGCCAGCAAGAGACAGCGGCAGCAGAGACGGAAACUCGCACACACACGCUGACCCGAGUCAACCUGGAGAGCCCCGGGCCGGAGCGCGUGUGGCGCGCUUCCUGGGGAGAGUUCCAGGCGCGCGUCCCGGAGCGCGCGCCCCUGCCACCCCCUGCUCCCCCGCAAUUCCAGGCGCGUAUACCCGAGAGUGGGCCCCUUCCUGAAGCCCACCAGUUCGGGGAAGGAGUGUCCUCCCCCAAAACACAUCUAGGUGAGGCAUUGGCACCCCUAUCCAAGGCGUACCAAAGCCUGGGUGCCCCUUUCCCCAAGGCGCGCCGUCCGGAGAGCUCACUCCUGGGCGGCUCUGAGGCGGGGGAGCGCCUUCUACAGCAAGGGCUGGCGCAGGUAGAGGCCGGGCGGCGCCAGGCAGAGGCCACACGGCAGGCCGCGGCGCAGGAAGAGCGGCUGGCCGACCUCGCCUCCGACCUGCUGCUCCAGUAUUUGCUGCAGGGCGGGGCCCGGCAGCGCGGCCUUGGGGGUCGGGGGCUGCAGGAGAAGGAGGAGGAGCGAGAGAGCGAGAGGGAGGAUGCGGAGGCGGAGCAGGAGAGACGCGGCGGGGCGGAGAGGGUGGGGGAAGAGGAUGAGGAGGCGGCGGAGGCGGAGGCAGAGGCGGAGGAGGCGGAGAGGGCGCGGCAGAACGCGCUGCUGUUCGCAGAGGAGGAGGACGGGGAAGCCGGAGCCGAGGACAAGCGCUCCCAGGAAGAGAUGCCCGGCCACCGUCGGAAGGAGGCUGAGGGGGCAGAGGAGGGCGGGGAGGAGGAAGACGACGACGAAGAGAUGGACCCUCAGACGAUCGACAGCCUCAUUGAGCUGUCCACCAAACUCCACCUGCCAGCGGACGACGUGGUCAGCAUCAUCGAGGAGGUGGAGGAGAAGCGGAAGCGGAAGAAGAACGCCCCUCCGGAGCCGGUGCCGCACCCCCGGGCCGCCCCCGCCCCCGCCCACGUCCGUUCCCCGCAGCCCCCGCCCCCUGCCCCCGCCCCCGCCCGAGAUGAGUUGCCCGACUGGAACGAGGUGCUCCCGCCCUGGGAUCGCGAGGAGGACGAGUUGUUUCCCCCCGGGCCCUACCACCCUUUUCCCAACUACAUCCGGCCGCGGACACUGCAGCCGCCCGCUGCCUCGCGCCGCCGCCACUACCACCACACCCUGCCGCCUUCGCACCACUCUCCUGGCCGGGAGGCCCAGGCGCUGCGCGCGCAGGAGGAGGCAGAGGCGGAGGAGCGCCGGAUGCAGGAGCAGGAGGAGCUGGAGAAUUACAUCGAGCACGUGCUGCUCCGGCGCCCGUGACCUGCCCUGGUUUCGCCCCCGUGCGCCGCCGCCGCGCGCUCGGCCACCCCCCUCCGUGUUGCUCCUCUCCCUUCUCGGUGUUUGCAUGCACCCCAGCCCCGCCCCUGGCCGCCUCCAGGCCCCGCCCCCGCCCUCGGGUCGCCCCGCCCCCGGGCUGCGCCGGGACCUGUCAGACCGCUUCCCGGAUUUGAAGCCCGAACUCCCCAAACUCACUCAAGGAGGUCCCCCGGGGCCACCCCAGGCGGGCGGGUGGUUUGUGCGAAUCCCCUCCCCCCACGGGCCUCUGUCCCCACCUAGUCCCUCUCGGGACGUCCCCGUCCAAAACCGGAAAAAGCUGUUCCAGUUAAUUGUGUGAAGUGUCUGUCUCCUGCCCUUUGGGCCUCCCAGGAGCCUCUCCACCCUCUCCAGAUCGCUGUGAAUUUACCUAUUCUUUCCCUUCUCUGUUGUAAAUACCCCUCACGGAGGAAAUAGUUUUGCUAAGAAAUAAAAGUGACUAUUUUAUUAGGACUUUGUUCUCCGUUAUUCACCCGUCCCCUUGGGCCUGCGUGGUCCUUCCCAAGGGGCGGUGAGGGAAGCGCCAGCCACAACACCCAUCUCCUCCUGUUCAAAAGCCAGGGUGGUGGAACCACUUUCAGCCGUAUUUCAGAGUAGAAUAUGGCCCGUAUCUAUGAAGAAAGCCUAAAUUCCACUUGCAGCCUAGGGGUGGAGGUGGUGGUGGUGGUGGUGGUGGUGGUGGUGGUGGUGGUGGUGGUGGUGGUUAAAGUCAUUGGUCCCCAGGGUGGGGCAGCUCCAGUCCACUUAGAAGGCUCUUCUAUCCAUGAUCCUCCAGCCACUUAGGUGGCUCCUCACAGCCUCUGUUCCAACCUCACCUACCCGCCUCCCUUACCUGCCCCCUAAAUUCCCUGGUCCUGUGUACUUCACAACAAACAGGGAGGAGGGGCCUUCAGCUACAGAAACACGCUGCUUUUAGCCACUCCUCAACCCUUUGGUAAGCAUACCGGGUUGGUUAUACCCCUGAACCCCUGAUUCCUCUCUCCAAAUAAAACUAAACCAGCUGAAUGAAAUCUUCCACAAAGAAACCUCUCAGGAGUGAAACCAUGUCCCCAGGAGUUGCUCCUCCCUGGCCGAAGGCAGCUCGGGGAACUGGAGGCACCAUGUUCAGAGAGGCAUUGAGCUCACAAAUCCAUCUGGAAUAGGGGUGCCAGACA